AUGGAAACUCCAGAGCGAACUCUUACAACAAUAACAAUCCCCGAAUCAUUAGAAAUAUUGAAUGAAUCUUCCGGUGGUCUAGCAUUUGAAGUACAACUUGCUGAAUCACCACGACACAAUGGUAAUAUUCUUCCACAUUCACAUUUUUUUUCGCCAAAUGCUAAAGGAAAUCAAAGUGACUUAGCAGUACCAUUAACACCUGAGAGUAUAACAGAAAAAUUGAAGCAUGCUGAAGAACGUCGUCUUAAUCUGGAACAACUUCGUGCAACAUUACUUGCAGCAGAAAAUAAUCGUCCAAUAGAAAUAAGUAAAAUAAAAGAUCAACAAACUGAAGAAUUUAAAAAACAAACUGAAGAAAAAUUACAAAAAAAACUUGAAUCAGCUCAAGAAAAUCGUGAACGUGUAUUACAAGCUAAAAUUGAAAAAGCUAAAGCACCUAUUGAAAAAGGCCUUGCUGUUGUGCAACAACAUUUAGCUAAACUUGAAGAAGAACGAAUACUAUUACAAGAGAAAAUUAAUGAAAAACAAAAUACAGCUGAAACAAAUCGACAAGAACAAUUAGAUCGUUUAAUGGAAAAACUUAGUGAACAUGAUAAAAAAAUUGAAGCCUGUAAAAAUCAAACUAAAACUGAAAUAAUGAUAAAUGAAGAAACUGAUUAA